AUGAAUAUCGGGGGAGUUCAAAUAUACUUGAUUAAGAUCUUUAGACGUGGCUUUGCUGUUGUUUCUAACAAGCCUUACAAGGUUUCUAUCUUUGAUUCAUGGAACACAUGUAAACAUGCUGACGGAAAUCAGCCAGAUUUUCGUAAUGUUCCAACAGUGUCCACUAUACUAAGUAAAACAACACCUUUGGAAAGUACAAUUGCACUCCGAAAAUGGCAAGAUAAAAAGAAAAAUGAACUUGGCGAAGAUGGAUUUCAGGAGUACAUGAGAGAACUUCAGCUUUUAGGAAAAAGUGUUCAUUCCAGUGUAGAAGCACGACUUACGAAGGGCAAGUUUCCUUCUAAUCUACCUGAAAAUGUUUCCAAAUAUUGUGAAAGUCUAAAAUAUAUCUUGAAUGAUUUAAAGUAUUCUGCAGUGGAAACUAACUGCUUUCAUCCUCAGCUUUUGUAUCGCGGGAGGUUUGAUAGUAUAGUGUUUUUAAAAGAUAUAAAUGAACCUAUUUUGACUGAAUGGAAAACAGUACACGAAUCCAAAAGAAUAUUGACUAUUGAACAGGCUUAUGAUAGUCCAUUACAAGUGGCCGCGUAUAUUGGAGCUUAUAAUUUUACUCGUUAUCCUGAAUCUUUGCCUGUCAAAAAAGGAAUGCUGGUGUAUUCUUAUGGUGAUGGUUAUCCAGCUGCUCGGUUUGUUUUGAACGAAACUAACUUGUUACAUUACUGGGAGUUGUGGUGUGAACGUGUUAAAACUUAUUAUGAUCAGGUUUCUGUUUAUUUUUCGGAAACUAAUAUCUUUUCGACAAGCUUUCUGUAA